AUGCUCUUCCUGCUCACGGUAUCUGCUGAAGAGAACCCAGACACAGCUCUGCAGGAAGGUGGCCAGUCUUGGCGGCCAGCGAGCGGCCGGAGCAUCCGGAGCUACCCACAUCUGCGGGGGGAUGUGCGCUGGAGGAGGCUGUAUUCGCCAAAUCAUUUCUUUCUAAGCAUUGACGACAACGGCAAAGUAAAAGGGACAUACCAGAGGGAGAACACAAACAGUGUUGUGGACAUUCGCUCCGUGCACAGAGGGACCGUGGCCAUCCGGUCCAUCCACAGCGGCUUCUACGUGGCAAUGAACCGAAAGGGGAGGGUCUACGGAACGAAAUCCUACAGCCCGAACUGCAAAUUCAAGGAACGCAUCGAAGAAAAUGGCUACAACACGUAUGCCUCAUUGCACUGGCACCACCAGGGCCGCCCCAUGUUCCUCUCGCUGGACGGCCGGGGCGCUCCCCGGCAAGGGACCAAGACACGACGCCAACACCUUUCUACGCAUUUCCUGCCCCUGCUUGUCACUUGAGCAAGGGACUCCCUCCCACG